GCGGGGAGAGGAGGGCGGAGGGAAGAGGAGGAGGCGCCGUUGCUGCCGUUUGCCUCGGCAGCUGCGAGAGCCGGCACUGGUCCGCAGCAGGCUGCCGCCAACGCCGCCAUGGACGAACAGGCGGGGCCCGGCGUCUUCUUCAGCAACAGUCACCCAGCGGCAGCCGCGGGUGUCAAGGGGCUCGGGCCGCUGGCUGAGGCAGCGGCCGCGGGCGACGGGGCGACUGCGGCGGCUGCGGCGCCUGCGGGGGCGGCCCGAGCCCAGUACAGCCUCCCAGGGAUCCUGCACUUCCUGCAGCACGAGUGGGCCCGCUUCGAGGUGGAGCGCGCCCAGUGGGAGGUGGAGCGGGCGGAGCUGCAGGCCCAGAUUGCAUUCCUUCAAGGAGAAAGGAAAGGACAAGAAAAUCUGAAGAAAGAUCUAGUAAGGAGGAUCAAAAUGCUGGAAUAUGCUCUUAAACAGGAAAGAGCCAAAUAUCAUAAAUUGAAGUAUGGAACAGAGUUGAAUCAGGGAGAUAUGAAGCCUCCAAGUUACGAUUCUGAUGAAGGCAAUGAAACAGAGGUACAACCACAACAAAAUAGCCAGUUAAUGUGGAAACAAGGAAGACAGCUGCUUAGGCAGUAUCUGCAGGAGGUUGGUUACACGGAUACCAUACUAGAUGUAAAAUCAAAACGGGUACGAGCUUUGUUGGGCUUUGCAAGUGAUGUCACCGAGAGGGAAAAUGAGAAAAAUCAGGAGUCAGUUAUAAAUGGAGCAGAAGCUGAAGUUCAUAAGGAAACAGUGAUGAUUGGGAAACCAGAGUUAACUGAUUCUGCCUCUGUACUGGAUACUUUCAAAUUCCUUGAAAAUGCAGACUUCAGUGAUGAAGAUGAUGAAGAUGAUAUUGAUGGGAGAGAGAAAACCAUCAUUGAUACUUCAACGAUUGUUAGGAAAAGGGUGUUAUCUGAUAGCAGUGAAGAUCGAGAAACAAAAGAAGCUCUAAAGGAAUUUGAUUUCUUGGUUGCAUCAGAUGAAGGAGAUGGAGAAUCUAGAAGCAUAGGCGAUGGAACAGAAUGGGAAAAGGAAGACCAGUGUCUCAUGCCUGAAGCCUGGAAUGUGGACCAGGGAGUAAUUACCAAACUCAAGGAGCAAUACAAAAAGGAGAGAAAGGGGAAAAAGGCGGUGAAGAGAAAAACUACCGAAGAUCUGUUUCAGCCUCUAUCCUAUAUAAAACAGUCAAAACAGGGAUGUGGGAGAAUGAUGGAUCAAAGCCCAGGGCCCAACAGGUCAAAAUUACAAGAUAUGCUUGCUAACUUGAGAGAUGUUGAUGAACUUCCCUCCUUGCAACCAUCUUUGGGAUCACCUUCUAGACCGAGCAGUUCAAGGCUUAAUGAGCAUGAAAUUAACAGAACAGAUGAAGUGGAAGCAUUAACAUUUCCUCCUACAUCAGGGAAGUCAUUUAUCAUGGGAGCAGAUGAAGCCCUUGAAAAUGAGCUUGGUCUUGGUGAAUUGGCAGGCCUUACAGUUGCCAAUGAGGCUGAUUCAUUGACUUAUGAUAUAGCAAACAACAAAGAUGCUUUGAGGAAAACCUGGAAUCCAAAGUUUACAUUAAGAAGUCACUUUGAUGGAAUUCGAGCACUUGCUUUCCAUCCAGUUGAGCCAGUUUUGAUAACAGCAUCUGAAGACCAUACAUUGAAAAUGUGGAAUUUGCAAAAAACAGCCCCAGCAAAAAAGAGUACUUCUCUUGAUGUGGAGCCUAUUUAUACAUUCAGAGCUCAUAAAGGUCCAGUUCUCUGUGUAGUAAUGAGCAGCAAUGGUGAACAGUGUUAUAGUGGAGGGACAGAUGGCCUUAUUCAAGGCUGGAAUACAACAAACCCAAACAUCGAUCCCUAUGACUCUUAUGACCCUUCUGUUUUAAGAGGUGCGCUUAUGGGCCACACAGAUGCAGUUUGGGGUUUGGCUUAUAGUGGAGCACAUCAACGUUUAUUGUCCUGUUCAGCAGAUGGCACUCUUCGUUUAUGGAAUACAACUGAAAUAUCUCCAGCCCUAAGUGUAUUUAAUGAUAAUCAAGAACUGGGAAUUCCUGCCUCUGUGGAUCUAGUGAGCAGUGAUCCAAGCCAUAUGGUAGCUUCAUUCAGCAAUGGAUAUACUAGCAUCUUUAACAUGGAAACACAACAGCGCAUUCUCACUUUAGAAGCCAACCUAGAUACAACCUCUAACAUGUCAUGCCAAAUAAAUAGAGUCAUCAGCCAUCCAACACUUCCAAUUAGUAUUACUGCUCAUGAAGACAGACACAUUAAAUUCUAUGAUAAUAACACAGGAAAACUGAUCCAUUCAAUGGUUGCCCACUUAGAAGCUGUUACAAGUUUAGCAGUUGAUCCUAAUGGCCUAUACUUGAUGUCUGGCAGUCAUGACUGUUCAAUACGUUUAUGGAACCUAGAAAGCAAGACGUGUAUCCAAGAAUUCACAGCUCAUCGAAAAAAGUUUGGAGAAUCGAUUCAUGAUGUGGCAUUCCAUCCCUCUAAAUGUUAUAUUGCCAGUGCUGGAGCAGAUGCCCUGGCCAAAGUCUUCGUAUGACAUGACACCUCCCUUUCAGCUUUUCACUUUUUCUGUAUAAUCAGCUGCACAUAAGAGAUAACAGAAGACAAAGGAGAAAGUCACCUUUUCUUGCCCUUUCAUUCUGCCAAUGGAGCACAGAGAACAUUUGUUAAAAUAUAGUUUUUGCGGUCAAUGUACUAUUUUCUAAUACCAGGGUUUAUUCAGGUUGCUACAAGCUCAGCUGGUUCUGUGAACCUGAAAACUGUUUCAAAUUAUUCCCGAAAGUUUAUGCUUUUAUUUGUGAGGGGGUUAUUCACCAGGCAGGCCUGGCAAACCUGAAACAAGGUUCAUUUAGUCCUUAUGGAGGAAUUGGGGUGCUCUUAAGGGAGAGAUACAUCAAUAACAUGAUUUAUUGGGGAGGGGUGGAGGGAGCAGGGGAACUUAAGCAUGUUUUUCAUUUGAGAAAUUUUGUCAAACAUAUGCACGUUAGGUAGUCAAAACAGUGGCUUUUAAUAUGUCCACUAGACUAACCCUUUUGUGAAUGAUAACCAGGCAGUUCUGAAAGAAAUUUAGUUUAGUGUGUCUAUGAGCUUUAUACAUAAAGUGACUGGGAAAACAUUUUACCUAUUAAAAAAAAAAGAAUGCAAUAAUAUGUUACAUAUAUUAUUCAAUAAUGCCAAUCAGAUACUUAGUUUGCAGGAAAAAUUAUAUAUUAUAUUACAUUUUUGAAAAUAGAGUUGUUACCAAGUGACUGAGAGUUUAGUUAUUAGAUAUUCAACUUUAAAGAGAAUGUUUCAUACAAUCUGCACUUACUAAGUGAUUUAACUUAUUCAAACAUUCAAUUUUGGGUCUUUAUUGUUCAAAGAAAGUCACUAGCACAGAUCUCUGACACAAAUAACCUGUAUUAUUGUUAAAAUUCAGUUUUAUUCUUGUGAUGUUUAUAAUAUUGAAAUGGUUAACCAUUCUUAUCGAAGAACUCACAACUGGAUAGAUGCAAAGCAAAAAAAAAAAAAAAAAGUUUAGAGAGAGUCUCAUUUAUUUAUAUUCACAUAACCAUGCUUCAGAUUACGUAUACUUCCUUUCUUCCCUAAACCUCAGGUUGGGCUAUCUGAUAGCCUUCAAUAAUACUAUCAUACUUUGUGUUGGUUUAAAAAAAAUGACCCAAAUGCAAUCUGCUAAGGUUGUAUUAGGUUCAUCCUAUUGCUUUUUGUAUUAAAAAAAAAAAAAAAGCUAACCAAAGCACAAGCAGUAUACCUUCAAAAACCCCUUUUAGCUCUGCUAGGAGGGAGGACAUCUGGGUGAAAAAGCAAUAUCUUUUUUUUUUUUUUUUCUGUAAAGAGCAAUGAGUUUAAUUGUUGGUUCUGGAACCUAUGACUGAGAAUUGAUUUCUUUCUGAAACAAGUGUAUUGGCUGCCUCUACUCAACUUUAUACUUUUCAGAUUUCUAGUACCUUGCUCUUACUGCCUAAGUGAAAGCUGUUUUGCCUCCUAUACCAUCCCUUUUCUUGGACACCUAAAUCAGGUACCAACUGAAAACAAUUAUAAAUCACUGAAUAUGACAACUUUGCUUUUAGUAGCCUCUCAAGUCUGAAAAAAAAAGUAACAGGCCAUAAUAAAACCUUUUGCUCUUCUGAAAACUUAUCAAUGCAACUUAUCAGUGUCAAAGCAAUGGUGUUUCUGAUUGUGGUGAUCAUCAGUGAUCUGAAGAAGAAUAGUUGGUAUGGGUUACAUUUUAUGAUUAAACUAAGUAUGUAAAAUAUAUAAUAAAAUAACAUUCUAAUGUUUUAAUUUAAAUUUGCUAUGGGGUAAAUGGGAUAUGGUCACUAGUUAGUAUGAGAUGAGGAACAGGAUUCUCUGCAGACCCUAUUUUGUAUGCUAGAACAACAAAGAUCCAGAUACUUCCUCAAUCCUUGAUCCCAGGUGAUGCCAUCUAUUCUUUUUGUGGAGAGAUCAUGGGCUAUUUAAAAAAAAGAAAUCAUACAGCUCUUCCUUAAAAAUAGAGAAUACAGCAUGACCUUUAGCUGAGCUCUGAUGUCAUUCCUUUCUGCAAGAGAUACUGGGAAUAUCACUGCCCUGUGGAUGCUUGUUGCUUACUGUCUUUUCCAGAUUACUGUUCACUUGUCUGCUGGGACUCUGAAUCUAGAUAUCUGGCUAGGAAAUAAGAAAUUAUAGUUAUUAGUUACCUGGAUAUUAUUAGUCUAGGUAUCUAGGAUGCUGGUACCUUUGAUAACAUUAAUGAUUGUGAUGGGCAUUGUCUUAAAUGGGGAAAUUUGAACAUGUUGGCUUCUAGGUCACUGUUCUGGUCAUGAGGAAUCCAGAGGCUCUUUCUGUGAGCUUAUUCUGUUCUCAAAUCUAAACACCAUAAAAUGAGCCAUUCUACCAAGUAAUGUUGAAUUUGUGGUAACUGGAUUCUAAAGAUGCCUAAGUUUCUCUUUUGGAAGCCUUCAAAAUAGGUAAGCUAAAACUGCAAUAAGGGUUCUAUAGGGGCUCUUAAGGAUACUCUCCAGUCAAUAGAAGGACCAGAAAUCUCUAUUGGAACUAUUUCAGAAAGUCUCACCAGUGAUCUUAUAUUUUUGUGCUAAUGUUCCCAAAGAGCUUAAGAUAAGCUGGGUCUUUCUUUUCCUUCCCUCCUCCCCCAUUCUAGCUGAUUAGAUGAGAAGCUAAGGCUUCCUUAUAGAAAGUAACUUCAUUGCUGAAUCUAAUUCUGUAGAAUUAGGAGUCAAGGCCAAAUAAAAUUACACUGGUGCUACUGGAGAUUGAAAAAAACAGGCAUAGGACAAGAGAAUUCCCUCCCCAUUGACUUUGCUGGCCUUAAGGUGGCUAAAUAAAUCAAUGGAUCAUAUUUAUGGAAGUCUUUUGCUUUGGGUUCUAGGCAGCGAAAGUGAAGCAAACUUCUAUGAUACUGCAUUGAAUGGUUGGCUGCAGAAAAAAAACAUUUGGGAUGAAAUUUGAAGGUGGUGACUAACUCUGGGGGCAUACAAAUCAAGGUGCAGCCUUCUGACAAUAUCUUCCAAUCUUGGCUCCUGUGGUAUCUUGAUUUCAUGUUAGAUACAAACUAAUGGCCUAUGCUGAUUUCCAUAGCUAGAUGUGUGUGUAUGCUACUGUAUUGCUAUAUGCUAUAUAGUUGCUAGCAUCUUAAUUUUGACACAAUUACCCUCUUCACUCAUCUGUACUUUCAUCUUGUACAUCAUCAGCAUUUUUAUUAACAGGUCUAGUCUGUGUUGGCAAAUGAAUUGGACUUCAACUGUUGCCUGUAGUGGUAAAGUACCAAUGAAUUUAUGAUGCCAAGAAAUAGAAUGAUAAAUUGUAUUCUAUAAAUUCUCUUCUCACAUUCUUCAUGAUGUGAAAAUGGUGACUCGCUUACCUGACUUUUAUUGAGACAAGUUGGCAAAUUCAGGCAAGAAUCACUGAUUUGAGAUGCUCUAGCUCCUGUUCUUCUGUUCCUGCUUUUAAUGUCUUCAGUUUCCCUUGCCUAUUUCAUUGAAAUUCUCAAGCCCAAGCCACCUAUCAUCUUACUUAUUACUCCUAUAAAAUAUUUGUAUUUGCACAAGUAGUAUAACUGAGGUAUGUAUACAAGUGUGAACAGUGACUGAUGAAAAUCCAUUUGGGAGCUGGUAUUACAUGCCAUGAGUGAUUACACAUGUGACAUUCUCUUCCAGUAUUAUGAGGCUUCAUUGUGGACAUUGAAGAAAGUAGUUAAUACAGUGUAAGUCUCAGUCAACUUUAGCUUGAAUUCAGCAAAUGUGCACUAAAGAUUCCAGCCCAAUGAUAAAAAUGCUUUUAUAGUUUUUGAUUUGUGAGUGUUUUUUUCAUGAACUUUAUCCUUAAAAUAGAGUAUGGUAAGGAAAGACAGGCUCCUACCUUGUUCACAUGAGAUAUGAACACAGAUGUGCUCUUGGAGCUUGCAGCACCCUUCUCAGUACUGAAAUGUCAUAAGAAUUUAUUUGCUAUAUUCUGACCAGACCAUAAACAGAUAUUUUAACAUCAGUGAUAUGAUUAUCUUCAGUAUUUUUCUAUUGACCAAGGUUAGGAUUUUUUUUUUUGCCAUUAAUAGGUAAUACGUUAUGCAAAGUAUUUAGCUUUUAUAAUACAUUAUAAUUGUUUUAAAAGGUGGGGGGUAAAAAUGGGCUGCAUCACUGAGUAAUGUAUUUUACAUGAGAAAUUUCCCUUGGAUUUGACUUUCAUUCCUUUAGUACUCUUGUUAUAUUUCUUUUGGAAGCAGUUAAAAAGAUUUAUUUGAAAACACCUAAAAGUUAUGUAUAUUUUAUAAAUAUAUAUAUUACUAGAAACACACAUAUAUAGACUAUAUAUAUAUAGUGUAUGUGUGUGUGUGUGUAUAUAUACACACAUACAUACAUACAUAUAUACACACACAUACAUAUAUAUACACAUAGACAUAGACUAUAUCUAUUAAACCAUAGGUGCAUUUUGCUGUUUUAUGUAUUGAGUUCUUUGGGGUAGUUUUUGCAAAGGUUAAGAUAUGAGUAUGACAUGAGUGUUGUACUAUUUGCUUAUGUAAUACAUAGUUUUAAAUGUUUUAACUACUGUAUAUAUUAUAUACACUAUAGGCCAGCAUGUUUGUUGGAAAGAUUGUCAUCCUAGUUUAUUAAAAUUUAUAUGUAAGAAAAACUGGCUAUUCAAAUGUGAAUUGAAAAAAUUCUAUUCUAAAAUAUUACAUUAAACAUUUAGGCUUUUUAAUGAAUAGAUCUUUUAUUGAAGGUAAUAGUUAAGGAAGGAGAGGUGCCUUUUAAAACACAAAACAAUAUAGCCUUAUAAUGAGGAUGAUGGGAAGAGUGUGUAUUUUGUAUGUUUGUGUGUGUGUAUACAUGCACGUAUACAUGUGUAUACUGGAUAUGUAUUGUGUGUAUAUAUAUACACACACAUGUGAACUGUGGUCCUUAAUGUUUCCUUACUGUAUUUAUUAAAUUUGUGGGUCUUCAGGGUAUUAUGUGUGAGCCCAUCUCUGUGCUCUUCUGAGUACUACAUAACACUUUUUUAGAAUAUUUAUGAGAAAUUAGAAAUUUCAAUGGAGGAAAGGCUAUGCUAUUCAUUUUUUUAUAUUUGUAUUAGAAUUUAUAUAAGAAAAAGUGCAUGUCCACAAAAUGAUGGAACCUUAUUUAAUUUGGGUAACUAUGUCUCUUGAAAGGUUCCUUUUUUAAAAGCUUCAUGUAUUUUAUCUUUUUUUUUUUUAAUUUUCACUGGAGAUAAUAUGUUUCAACUAGCAAAAUGUUAUUUUUAGAUCAUAUAGUUCUGGACAAGUUAAAAAUCCCAUCCUAAGAAAGUUUUAAAGCAUUUAAACAGCAUCUUCCAUACCUACCUCUCUAUCACUAUCUCCAUAUUUUUCUUUAAAGGAAAAUCUUGUUAUGUCUGAAAUGAAGGUUUAUACAGUCUACAAAUAUAUUUUGGUGCUAAAAAUUUUGUCAUUUAAGUUACACGCAGUCUAGAUUUCCCAAAUAAAAUUUUAGAUUUAGAAUUCUUUUGUUCAUUGUGGCUUGUGAAUGACUAGAGUUAAUAAGUCUUUAGUUGAUGAGUAUGAGAUCUUAGUCACCAAGUUUCUCACUUAGUUUUAAGUGUCAUUACUCUGAUGGAUCCAUGACCAUUCCAUAUUCUUCCCUCCACCAGUAUAGAUCAUAGCCUCUUCAUAUCUUCUUAUCUAGUAUAAUUCUUAUCCAUGGCAAUGUGUAAAUCUUCUGUAGUCAAUCUACCUAGUGUGCUGAAAUCUGUUAGCCCACUUGCUUUCUUGGUCAUAAAUGUGAUCAAUGAUGCCAUUCCCAUUACUACUUCCUUUCAAAUCAUUCUUGGUAAUAUGUUAUAUCCUACUUGUACUUACCAUAUGUUUUUCCAUUGCCCUUUGAGAAUUACUACUAUAAAUUUACCAAAGGUUGAAGCUGAACUAAUGUAUCAAAAGGAUCAUUGAAAAGAGCUUUCCAGAGAAAUUUAAUCAGAUUAUUUUAAUAAUUUACAAAUAUCUGAUUUUGAUUACAGCUAUUACUAAUGGCACCUAUGUUAAGACAUUUUUUGUAAUCUUAUUAAAUGUUUUCUGUGGAAUUGAGAUUGCCACAAAUUAUAACUCAUAGAAACUUAUUGUUAUGAUUUGGCCUUAAUCUCUUGAUUAUUACUAAAGUUCAUUAAGAAAAAGGAUCUAGAAAUCUGCCUGAUUAAAAAAAAAUUAUAUACUAUUUUGCUAAUUUUGACUUAACCAUUAAAAGUUCUUGUUUUUGUUUUCCACUUGUUUGUCCUUUUCUAUAUGAUAGGUGGCAUUUUGACAGAAAGAUGAAAAGGUUAAAGCAUUUAACUGAUCUUUCUUAUGUCUUUGCACUUUUCUUCUGUGACACUUUUCAAGUACCCUGAUUUCUUUGUAUGCAAAUGCUGUGUUGGACUUGACUCCCAGAAGAAACUACCUCCAUGGCUAUCUCCUCUCAUACAUCUUAAGAUCAGGAAUUGACAUAUACUUUGCUCUUUGUUUCUACAUCUAAAUUUGUCUUUUUCCAGUAUUACUCAGCAACCCCUUUUCCUUUGAGGUUUGUUUCAUUCAUUUAUUGUCUCCUAAUCCAUACCUUUGUUGUGUUUAUCUGCCAGUUUCUAAAUCCUAUUCAAUCCAUAAUCAUUCAGCAGAUAAUAUUUAAAGUGUCUACUGUGUGUGAGGCACUGUACAAGUUAUUCCUCCUUUUAAAAAAAGUUCAAAACCUGUUUCAGUCUUCCUUAUUUUAUACCUAUGCUUAUCCUAAUAAUGUCAGUUCAGUUCCCAUGAUCCUCAUCUUCAUUCACCAACACCAGUAGUGUGGACAGUCAUACCUUUGAUCUAAUAGUACUUACACAUAACUACUGCCUUCUUUUUCCAUAAUCCCUAACUUCCCUCUGGUUCUUAAGUACCUGUCUUUCAACUACUUCAUUCAUUGUCUUAAGCAAGACUAUUAGUUUUUCCAUGCCUUUUCUUUCCCAGUUUACCUGUGCUCUAACUUCAUUUUAUUCCCUUUGUGAUCUUAAUGAGUUCAAUUAGCUCUCUUUCCUCUGUCUUUGAAUCCUCUGUUCUCUUAUACCACUACACAUGCCUAGCCAAAUCCCAGCUUCACAUCACUCCCACCAUUUGAUGCAUACACUCCUAUUCACAUAUUACUGAAUGUCACUGGAAAUUUCACGUUGGUGCAAAUUAGAUCCAACACAAAUUUCUCCUUUAACACAACUGGACCUUUAUUGAUAAAGCAAAUCUUUUUAUUCUUGAGUGACUAUCAUAUUCUCCACAGUAACUUUGAAUCUCUUCUCUCCUCAAACCCUUCCUUUCCUUUCAGCUGUGUAUCUUGUCUCCUUUAUUGAAUGGGGGGAAAAAAACUAUCCAUCAUAAUCUCUUUCCUAUUCAUUAUCCUUCCACAUCAUCCUCCAUUCUUUUACUCCUUUGUACCAGUCUCUAAGGAAAAAGUGACCCCCUCCCUCUUUAUUUUUGGUUGACCCUUCUUGUGUUAUAUAGUUCUUCUGUUUGUGCAUUUGAUCUUGUUUCCUCCAUUCUCCUGCAGAAAGUUAUGUCAUUGAUCAUUUCCUCUUAUAUUCAGUCUCUCCAUAGCUAUUAGAUUCUUCCUGCUUUUUACACUCAUGCCAGGUCUCCCCAUCCUUAAAAAGCUUGUAUCUUUUUGCUUUUUUGUAGGCAAUUUCCCAGAAGGGACUCUGUAUUUUCUAUUUUCUAUUUUCUAUUUUCUAUUUUCUUAUUUUCUAUUUUCAUUAUCUCACUUAGCUACUAACUAACUACCACUUAGCUUAAAUUCAGGAUCAGUGAAACUUUCCUCUGCAAGGUUAUCAUUGAUUUCUUUACUGCUAAAUCCAGUGUUCAUUUCUGCAACUUUGUAGUCCAUGUCUAGGUUUCAAUAUAGUUUUCUACCUAGACUUUAAUGCUGCUGCUGUCUUGGUUCUAUGAGAUCCUGAAUGUAGUUGCUACAUUAUUAUCUAUCUCCUACCCAUUAAGCAUGAACAACCUUCAAGACUAUAACCUGGCCCUUAUCUUCCUUUUGACUGCCCCCCCCCCCAUCUUAAUUGCUGUGAGUCAAUUAUUUCUAUGCAGAUAAUUCCCAGACUUGAGUUUGCAGUCCUGUUGUUACUCCUGAACUCCAGCCCUAUAUUACUGGCUAGCUGAUUAUCAGUCAGUUAGCAUUUAUUAAGUGCACACUAUGUGUCAGACAGACACUAUGCUUAAUGCUAGGGAUGCAAAAAGAACGGGAAAGUCGCUGCUCAGUCUAAUGGAGGAAAUAGCAAAGAUACAAAUAAAUGAUAAAAUAAAAAUCUCUACUUGAAUUUCAGAUUCAACAUAGUCCAAAACCCACUCCUUCAAACUUUAAUCUUCACCAAAGGAGAUCAUACAGAUUUACAGUCUGGGUACCAUUCUUGACUUUUUUUUCUUUUACUGCCUGUAUAUAGUUACCAGGUUUUAGUGAUUUUACUAACAAUUCUUGCAUUUGACUUCACUCACUGCUUAGCACAGUGAUUUGUAUAUAGUAGACAGUAAGCUCUUAAUUACAUGAUUACUGAAUUGAAUCAAAAUGAAUGAGAAAUAAAUAAAUUUUUUAUGCAUCUUAAAUUUUUUUUUUUUUAAAUCAAGGAUUUCCUGGAUUUUUGGUAGUCAAGCUUUUGAUGUGAAUUUUUCUGGGACCACUUGGGUGUCAUGUUUGCUGACUACCCAUGCUGACUUGGAUUCGUUCUUGUUGUUCACCAGUGAGUUAACCCAUAGUGCCUUGUUGAUAUAGAUGGAAUGAGUCUCUGUUGGUUGCCCUUUCCUCUCUAAAAAUAGAAUAGUUGAUUUGUCUAUAAGGAGCUGCUAAGUUGACAGUGCUACUUUUUCAAUUUUUAGUAAUUGAAAAUCAAUGAAUACUUGUAUUCUGCAUUUCACCAUCUCCUCAUGCCUUGAUCUCCACAUAGUUCCCAAGCCUACUACAUUUUUCUAUUUUAUUUCAUCAGUGCCUAUCUGGAACCUGUCCUAAAUUGGGGCUAGGGAAAAAGUUUCCUGUUUUUUAGUUUUUUUCCUCUGGAACUUGUCCUAAAUUGGGGCUAGGGAAAAAGUUUCCUGUUUUUUAGUUUUUUUCCUCUAGUUAAAAAUAGAUUAAUCUUUUUUGUUUGGUUUGUCAGUGAUAUCUGAGCCAUGUUAGAAAAGGCUGCUUCUUUGUAUCACUAAUAUAUAUGUAUGUAUGUAGAUGUUUUCUAAACUAUACAGAUUUUUCAGGGUCCUUAACUCUUCAUUGAGAUUUCCAUAUCAAAAAAUGUUCAUCCUUCAUCCUCUCCUCCUAUCAGUUAGCUCUGAAGUAAUUGAUUGAUUUUCAGGUAUUUUUUAUUUAGUCAGAUUAUCUAUAAAUUUAUCCAAAUGUUCAUUUUCAUGAUGAAAAUAUUUUCUUCUGUAAAUUCAGGGUAUGGGCAAGUUAAUUAAGAAACCCAUUUUGGGUGGCUCUAAAUGUACUCUUUUUAAAAAAUAAAGUGUAAGCACAUAGAGUCCAUGGUAUAGGUGUGCCAAGAAUUGUUAUAGAAUUAUGUCAGACCAGACUCUAACAGUGGAAUUAUCAGUGGGUGUAAAAUAUACUAUUUUAUUUUGUGGGAAUAGAAAAAAAGGAGUAAAAAAAUUAGCUGAAUGUAACCAUGUAUUGCACAGACUUGUAAGUGGCCCUAAGUGCUAGUUGUACUCAGGGAAAGAUGAAAGAUUUAUUAUGGAGAGGAUAUGUUCUCUGGAAAGCCAGUGAGAAUUAAAAUAUUUUGUUAAGUUAGGCACGUGCUACUUUUUGGAGACAUUUUACCCCUGCUGAUAAAUAUUAAAUUUUGUGAAUGUUAAGCUAAAUAGUUUUAAAAUUGGAUCAUUCAAGUGUUUAACAUAAGCUGUUUUCAAGUUAAAUCCAUUGAUUUUGGUAUAGACUUAAAAAUAAACUUAACUUCCUCUACA